AUGCCCUCAACCCCAUGGACCAAACCGGACACAAGCACCCGUCCCAUCGCCGUCGUCGGCGCAGGCAUGACGGGACGACGAAUCUGCACGAUGUGGGUAGCAGCCGGGUUCUCGCUGGAGAUGAAGAUCGAGAUCCUGGCGCAGAUCCACAAUGUCACUCCGCCGGUCUAUGUUAUCACUAGCAACUCAUCUUCGCUGGAGUCUAGCCAGAUGAUCAUCAAAACGGAGAAGAAUUACCGUAUCUGCAAUGGCCAAUACUAUAUGCCGCCUGAACAGGUGAACUACGAGGUCAUGUCCUGUGGACAUACCGAUCUGGAUAUCUUUCCGUUUUGGAUGGAAAAGGCUUCGAUUGCUGGAUUCCAGCCUGUUCAUGCCCAGGUUGAUUCGACUGGGUUUGGUUUCGAUCGCAUUUGGGCUUCUAUAAAGCGGGAGUGUUUGUUGGCUUGGUUCAAGGCUGCCAAGAGCCCUUGUCAGAUGAUGGAUACUGUUGGCUUGGAUACGGUGUACAACAUUGAAGUCAUAUAUGUUCAGCAGCGCGAAGUUGAUCCCACUGCCAGGAAUUGGCUGAAGAAAAAUUAUGUUGACAAGGGUAAUUUGGGCGCCAAGGGCGGCAAGGGGCUCCUCGGAUAUCUUUGCAAUAAAAGUGUUCUUGGAGAAGCCUUUGACAGACUCAUCCUGUUGGGAAAACCCUAG